AUGGCCUCUAAUAGCCAUCCUUCUGCGAAGUCGGAAAUGCCUUUGAUUCCGCCGCUGACACUUGAAAGCUGUGAGACCGGCGGUGGAUGGGGAGUGGGGGAAAUUUUUGCAAGACUUCCCCCUGCACAGGAGCAGGAAAAAAGUCAGGAGAAGCUGUACCGUGUAGUCAAUUCCUCUUCACAGACCGCUAAUUCCAAGUCUUUAUCCUUGAAGCCAACGGUACUGGGCUCGUCGAUGGCAUCGGGUGCAAUUGCGAAAACUAGUUUUAAUGGAGUCACACAGAGCACCCCCGGCGUGGUGUAUGAGCGUUCCUCGGACGCUCGCGGUGCAGAUCGAAGUCUCACAGAAGCUCCCUAUGUGAGGGUGAAUAGUACAAAUCGAGUCCCUAUAGUGACUUACAAACACCAGGAAGAGGACGACGACAACACAUUUAUUGAUCAUGGCAGCGUUUCUAAUGGUGCCUCUACGCAGAAGGCUGCGUCAGGUGGAGGGAAUUUAGUUGGAGCAAUGUGGAGACCUCCACAGGAGAAUACACCUCCAGCUUGCCCCAUACCGUUGUGGACGAAUACGAUGAAGCCAAAUACAGUCCAGAGCAGACGUGUCAAUUCUAGCGCGGCUGUAGCGACGAGCAACUCCAUAGGCAUAUCCGGGCCACAUCUUCUUGGUGUGGAGAAACCGUCUACAGGCGUCAACAUGAAUAGCGGCGUUAGUAGCAGUCUACCCGCUGCGACUUCGUCAUUAGCAUUGUCACCUUCUGUCAAAGCGACAACUCACAAGGAGGGUGGUCUGCCUAUUUCCUCUAUUUAUGUGGACUACCAGCGCAUAAUGAGUUCCUACGGUAGCAGUGAUACGGCAACAACUGCGUGGCGGCCUCCACGCAUUGUCUCUGAGUUGUUACUGGAUGCGCCUGCACGCGAUCUGGCAGUUUCGCCAAAUGGUGGUGCCAUCUGGGCGGCGUUCGGGGACCAUCCCCCGACUCUAUUUGAGGUGAUCAGCGAAAAGAGCACGCUAGCGUCAGUGCGAUCCAUCAAUUGGAUCACGCAGGUGUACUGUAUGGCAGUAGUGCCGGUUCCCACUGCCAAGCGGAUCACUUUUAAAUCGGUCACGGCAACUGAGGAGUCUGGACCAAGUUUCAUCCUUAACAGCUCGAUGAAAAGAAGAAAUAAGUGUAAUACCAAAAGCUCUCAUUUACUCGGGUCGUCGUCACUGUCCGCGAGUGACGACAAUCUCUGUACGUAUGCGCUGUGGUGUGGUCUUAGUAGAGGAAAUAUUAGCAUUGUCGAUCUUGACAGCUUCACCGAUGCGGGUAUCAUUAAUGGUGCGCACGAUCAGACUGUAAACAAGAUAUGGUAUUUAGAGAAUGGUCGUGUAUGGACCGCGGGACGUGACAAGGCACUUAAGGUAUGGGAUCCUCAAACUCGCCGCCUGCUCAAAAAGCGGAACAUCGCGGCCGUUCUGUCCGACCUAUGCUACGUGUCUACCAUGCACCAGGUUUGGGCGAUUGCCGAUGACGCGUACAUUCGCGUGUACGAGGCCGGAGGCAAUAAUGUUCGGAUACAGAAGCAUCCCAUUGAUCAUGCCGAAAAUGCACUAAAAAUGCGCAGCGACGUCGUUCUGAUUGAUUACCACCAGGAUGGAAACUUUGUUUGGGCGAGUAUGAGCAAAAACACAGUGUUGAUAGACCCGCGCACAUUCGCCGUGUGCCAGACUUUACUGGUUUCCCUCAUAGCACUUGUUUUUCACAAGAAAACGGCGGUCAUAUGUGGACGUGGACCGCUGCUGCUGGAUAGUGACGCGGAUAGUGUUGCGAUUCUUGACGUCACUAACCCGGUAGAACCAUCUUUAUUAUUUUCCGGAUUUCAUGUAAAUUCACCAAGCCGCCUUGGGAUUCACUUGCUAACAGAGGCGCAACCAUUUGCUAUUAUUGAGUAUAUCAGCCCAAGAAGUGAUAAAAAAACCCUUUGCAUGUUUACCUAUGAAGAGUUUAACGGUAGAGUGUAUCGUGAAGAAGAAAAUAUUCCACCGCAACGUAAAAUAAAAGGAGGUCGACCUAGUGUCCCAUCCCAAAAUGUUCACUCAAGUUCUCUUGCUAACGCAGGGAUUGGUAUGAAUAGUAGCAUUGCCGCCGUUGGCACUUUUGGAGGUGCUGUUAGCUCGAGUGUUGCAGGGAACAAGCAGUCUUCAGGCCGUACAUCAUCUCCAGCUGGUUUGAGCGUCUCCAACAACCCUAUUUUCAACCCCAAUACACGUCAUGGGCCACCAAUUCAAUCAUUUGUUCGCGCUUUUGUCCCCCCAUCCGUUCCCUCCCCUAGUUUCAACAACAACCUCCUUGUUGCCUCUGCCGAAGUAUCUUUUACACUUGAUCAGAUGGACAAAAAAUUGGAGGAAGUGAGGAAAGCUGUUGCCAUCGAGAGACGUGAGAAAGGUCCCUUAAGUGACUUUUCCAAACUGCACAAUGCACUCACCAAAUGGAUAGUCGAAGUGACCGACUACGCACCGACUUCUCUACCACCAGCGGUUUUGGAGGAGCUUAGCCGGGAGUACGAGACUCCGGAAGGAAAGGCACUGGCAAUUGCCUUUGCGCGGUUACACUAUGCCGUUACUGGAAAAAAACAUCCCACGGACGUAGCGGUAGGCAAUCAGGGAUCAGAACGUUAUGCGGUCAUACCGCUGCCACAGCCUGCGACACCUGUUUCUAAAACCAUGACGGCACAUUCUACAUCCACAACUGUGCCUCCCUCCCGUCUGGAUGUCUCUGUUAGCAAUGUCUCCGCAUCACAGACAUCAUCCUCUGAUGCUCCAAAUUGCGGUAGCAGCAGCCUACUCUGUCCAGGACGUCCAGAAUUAAGUAUUAAGUCUGCGGAGUCACCAGUUCAGAUGGGGGGCAGUUAUGUGGACAGGGAUCCUAAUUCUGCGAAACAGAUUUUACUUAGCCUUAUAAAGGAAGAACGGCAAACCCAUCAGGCUCAGGUGCAGAGCUUGCAGCAGCACAAUUCUCGCAUUCACUUACGUCUGGAGACUUUUAUCACUAGCGUUAAGGAUUUCCUAAACAGGACAAAAGAAUCCUAUCAAGAAUUUAAAGAUAUACAAAUGAAUGGUCUGCCACAAGAGACUUCAAUGGCCUACGAACAUCUUCUCGAAAUAUUGGCUCAAACACCAAGCUUUUCUGUAAAUUCCUGCAGUUCUCGGGAGGAGAUUAUUAGCACAUUCCAAAAGCAAGUGGGUGCCUGUGAAAGAAAUAUUCAAGCCCUCAAGAACCUUUUACUCGCGUUAUAUAGAGCUUGUACAACCGCUAACCUCAAUUGCGGUAACUCAGUUAGUCCGUUAUCUUUCUUAGAUGGAUCACAACGUAUUUCAUUGCCACAAACCCAACCCUCUUCAUGUCCACGCGAUCUUUCCGAAAUCAACGCACAUCCCUUUUCUACAGAUGAGGUACUUACUAACAAUGCGGACUUACUGUCAAGAAAAGUUACACAAUCAUCAAUGUCCCGGGGUUCUCCAGUCUUUAAGUGGGCACAAAAUGAAUCAGGAGAUCGCGCCAGUGAGCUUGAGUGGUAUUUGCAAAUCAUCGCCUGCAGUGAUCUUUCGCAGAAUCAACUUAUCCGUCUUAUUAGAGAAGAGAUUGCCAAUGUCGAGGAAUCUAUGAGACAAGUGGAAGGCAAGUGGAACAUGCUCAAGCAGAGUCGCCGCCAGGUUAUGGAUGACAUCACUCAACGAUGCAGACGAUCUGGCAAAGAUGAGGAGUGCCCAAACCCUGUUGUUGACUUCUCAGAGGACUUCAUGGAAUGCAUGGCUGUAUGGGAUCUUUCUAUCGCGGAGGUAUUCAUCCAGAUGUGUAAAGACGAGGCAUCACUAGUGAUAAUGGAAGCAUUGUUAGAAUGGCAGAGAGAUACUCAUCCUCAAUCCUCGACUUGUCAAUCAAGUGCUUAUGAGAAUCCAUUUCAGAACUGGGUUCAUACGAUAUCCAGCCCCAGCUACCGCAGGAGGAGCGGCGCACAUGGGCACUUGGCGCGUGCAGAAGGUGACAGCUUUACACGACUAUCUGGGAGUCCUUUUGGCCAUGGAUACCAAUCAUGUAAUAAGCUGGCGGGUGACUUUGUUAUGGAUGGCGUCGCAAUGGAUGAUAGUAGUGAUGUGAACCAUAAAAGAGACUGGGCAAGCGACGACGAUACGUACAAUGCUUCGCGUGGCAGCGAAUCUAGUGCCGCUUGGAUUACGGCUUCGCAGCAGGUUUCCAUGCUUUCACUUCGGAUGGAGUCUGUGGUUGCGGGAAUACGAGCGUCACUGAAACAAGAGAUCAGUCUUGGCGAGAAUGUUCUGAAAUCUUUAUCUGUGCAAGAUACGUUGCUACCACUUUUUGCGUCUGAACCCGUCAAAACGUCAAUCAUGGCGCAGGAGGGAGCAAAACCUGACGAGCCAAGUGCAGGUAAUGAAAAGGAAGCUAACAACACGAUAUUCAACAAAGAUCUAUACCUCGGAUUGGCAGGCCCAAAGCUGUGUCGUUUUGUCAAGAUUCAUGCCUCUCGGUUGGAUGGCUUUGUGCAUUGGGCGCACGUAGGUGUGUACCUUACAGUAUUGUGCCUCAACACUAUCCGAGCAUUGAUUUAUCCAACCACAUCAUCAAUACUAGAAAAAGAUGGCAUAGCACCUUUUUCCCCAUCAUCCUCUUUAUGCACCAUUGAUAUAGGUAAUUUCCUUGUGAUCAACAAUAAGUUGAUAGAUUGCGCGUACUUUUUAACUAAUAUAAUGACUUAUGCCUACGUGACACGUUGCGUAUUACUAGGAUGGCAGUCGGUGCCAAAGUCCUCCACGUUGUCUACAAAUGAUCCACCACAUAACGAGAGCAACCAGUUUAGUUUUGGUAAUGUCCACAGGGACCCAUUAGGCAAUGUUAACGGCGCUCGCACCCAACAGGGUUCGUUGCCCCAUAAAACAUUGCACUCACCGAUUGGCGAGAGUCUUCUCUCGAAUUCUAUGGAUUGUAACUCUGCCGUAAACAACAGUAAGCAAAGUUCUGAUUGUCAGAGCAACCUGAAGUGCACCUUUGGUCAUCCUCAUUCGGACAGCACGAGUGUAGAAGCGUCUGAGGAUGUAACAGUUACUCGUGGGUGGGUUCGAAGAGACCUACACAAGUGGCGGUGGACCUCCUUGUUUAGCUUCUACACUAAGCUAGUCCUGCGACAACAAAUCAUACCCGAGUUUUUUUCACCAACAGACAAUGAGGAGUGCGCGGACGAUGGCAUUGAUGUUAAACAGGUUGAUAUAGAAGAUAAUGAUAUUACAAAUAGUGCUUCGCGACGCUCGGGUCGAUCUAAAGCGGCAGAACAAUCGCAGAAUGGUGAGGAACCUCAAAAAAUUGAUAAAUCUCGACAUAUUCGACGGGGAGAUAGUGAAUCACAGCAAGUUACAUCUCGUUUAAGUAAAUAUGCAGAAAAGGUGGGGGUACUUUUUGAAAUAGCGUCGAAUACCUUGGAAUACCUUCACCAACUCGAGAAGCGUAUGCAAGUUAUAGGAAGAGAAAACAGUGAUAACAUGAACGAUGCAGGCGGUAGUAGGGACAGAGGGAAAAGUAGUAAUAAGGGGAGUGCAACAAGAGUAUCAAACAGGGUCCUUGUAUCUUACGUCAACGAGGCUGGAUGUCUGCGCGCAAUGGAUCCCCAUACUAUUCUACACCGUAUGUAA